GCGUCGCAAGGCCGCGUCCAAUCGCGUGCGGGGGGGCGGAGCGUUGUGUUUAGGCCUCUAAGUAUCGCAAGCCGCGCUCUCUGUUCAGGGCGCUUGCACACGUGGAAGGAGUAACACUGGGAACCGACAGGUAUCAUGACUGAACAGGAUGUUGAGAAUGAGCUUUUGGAUUAUGAAGAAGAUGAUGAGCCACAGGCACCCGCUGAAACCCCAGCCCCUACAGGAAGAAAAGAAGUGAAAGGCUCCUAUGUGUCCAUACACAGUUCUGGUUUCAGAGACUUCUUAUUGAAACCAGAGUUACUUAGGGCUAUCGUGGACUGUGGUUUUGAACAUCCCUCAGAAGUUCAACAUGAGUGUAUCCCUCAGGCUAUAUUGGGAAUGGAUAUCCUGUGCCAGGCCAAAUCUGGUAUGGGAAAGACUGCAGUGUUUGUCCUUGCCACCCUACAGCAGAUUGAGGCAGUGGAGGGGCAGGUUUCAGUCCUAGUAAUGUGCCACAUACGUGAGCUAGCGUUCCAGAUCAGCAAAGAGUACGAGCGUUUUUCAAAGUACAUGCCUUCAGUGAAGGUGGCUGUUUUCUUUGGUGGUCUCUCAAUAAAGAAGGAUGAGGAAGUGAUCCGUCGGAACUGCCCUCACAUUGUGGUUGGCACCCCUGGACGUAUCUUGGCUCUUGUCAGGGACAAAACUUUGAGUCUGAAGAAUGUUAAACACUUUGUGUUGGAUGAAUGUGACAAGAUGCUUGAACAACUAGACAUGCGCAGGGAUGUGCAGGAGAUUUUCCGUCUUACCCCUCAUGAGAAACAAUGCAUGAUGUUCAGUGCUACUCUUAGUAAAGAAAUCCGUCCUGUCUGUAGGAAGUUCAUGCAGGAUCCUAUGGAAGUUUUUGUGGAUGAUGAAACCAAGCUGACACUUCAUGGCUUGCAACAGUACUAUGUGAAAUUGAAGGACAGUGAAAAGAACCGAAAACUGUUUGAUUUAUUAGACGUUCUUGAGUUUAAUCAGGUUGUGAUCUUUGUCAAGUCAGUGCAGAGAUGUAUGGCCCUGGCUCAGCUCCUGGUAGAGCAAAACUUUCCAGCCAUUGCCAUCCACCGGGGCAUGGCACAAGAGGAAAGACUUUCUCGUUACCAGCAGUUUAAGGACUUCCAGAGAAGGAUCUUGGUCGCCACCGAUCUUUUUGGAAGAGGCAUGGACAUUGAGAGAGUCAAUAUAGUUUUUAAUUAUGACAUGCCUGAGAACUCUGAUACAUAUCUUCAUCGUGUGGCUCGUGCUGGUCGAUUUGGCACAAAAGGACUGGCUGUCACAUUUGUGUCAGAUGAAGAGGAUGCUAAAAUCCUGAAUGAUGUUCAAGACCGAUUUGAAGUCAAUGUGGGAGAACUACCCGAUGAAAUAGACAUUUCUACUUACAUUGAGCAGAGUCGAUAACCUGUUCCAGAGAUAGUACUGUAUCCAUGUGUUUGGCGUUUCCUUCUUUGUCUGGCCACACUGUGUUUGGAAAGUCUUUGCUUUUACAGUCUCUGGGGUGGUUUUUUUUUAUUAUUUUUAUUAAUGACUGUUUUUGUGUAAAGAAUGGGGGGAAAAAUUAAAACUUUUUUUAUUAUUAAA